AGAGAUAAAGUAGAGUGUGUGAGUAAUGAUUUCCAUUGUACACGAUCAGAGGCCACAGUGGCACUAUCUAAGAGCAUCGUUAUCAUCAUCGUGAACACUGAACAAGAAGAAGAGACACGAUGGUGAAGGCAAUCAGAGUUCACGAACUUGGUGGUCCUGAGGUUCUGAAGUGGGAGGAUGUUGAAAUAGCAGAGCCAAAAGAAGGCGAGGUCCUUCUGAAGAACAAAGCCAUUGGGGUUAAUUUUGUUGAUGUCUACUUUCGCAAAGGAACUUACAAACUCCCCUCUUUACCCUACACUCCAGGCGUGGAGGGAGUUGGGGUGGUGACUGCCAUAGGCGUUGGAGUCAGUGAUGUGCAGGUUGGAGAUGUUGUUGCUUAUUCAUGUCAACCUCUAGGCUCAUACGCUGAACAACAUAUUGUUCCUGCAAUUAAGCUUGUCCCCCUCCCUCCCUCAGUUGACCCCAUUGUCGGGGCAGCCAUCAUGACCAAGGCCAUGACAACUCGUUAUUUGCUUCAAAGUUCUUUCAAGGUUGAACCUGGUCACACAAUUCUUGUACAUGCAGCAGCUGGUGGAGUAGGAUCCUUAUUAUGCCAGUGGGCAAAUACUAUUGGUGCAACUGUUAUCGGAACUGUAUCCAAUAAAGUGAAGGCAGCUCAGGCAAAGGAGGAUGGAUGCCAUCAUGUCAUAAUUUAUACAGAAGAAGAUUUUGUUGCUCGUGUCAACGAAAUUACUUCAGGCAAUGGAGUUGAAGUAGUCUAUGAUUCUGUGGGAAAAGACACCUUCGAGGGAUCUCUGGCUUGCUUGAAGUUUCGAGGUUACAUGGUAUGUUUUGGACAGUCAUCGGGUACACCUGAUCCAAUUUCAUUAUCUUCCUUAGCUACCAAGUCCUUGUUCUUGACAAGGCCCACUCUAAAGCAUUAUAAUGUCACCCGAGAUGAUCUAUUGGAGGCUGCUGGAGAGGUGUUUGCCAAGGUUGCUUCUGGUGUCUUAAAGGUGCGAGUUAAUCAUAUUUAUCCAUUGAGUGAGGCAGCCAAAGCACACGAAGACAUGGAAAAUCGGAAGACCACUGGAUCUAUUGUCUUGUUACCAUGACAAUAUCACUUGUAUGUAGGCCUUACACAUCAACUUCAUGUUUAAUUCUCCUUGAAUGGAACUAUACCGAUGAUUUAUGUCAUUGAAUAACACAAGUCUUUGUAUCUCUCGAAUUUGUUUCAAUAUCCUUAGAUCAAAUCAAUGGUACUCUGACAGGAGAUGCUCUCUCUAACAGUUAGGGCCAAAAUUCCCGUGAUGUAAUUUUUAGGAUAGUAUUUGGUUGGAAGGAAAUAGGAAGAGAAAAAAUUUUAUUCUU